CUCACUUAUGUGGAAUGGUUCACACUGUUCUCUGCCACACCAUACAUCAACCAUGGGAUGUAUAAGGUUUCGCAUGCCCUUCAUGAUGGUAAUAGGCAAUCCAGCAUUAUUCCUAUCCGCAAUGUUCGACACUCCAUCCACUUAAUACCCAAAUUUGGAGCUGUGGCUCCACAUGAAUGGACUACAAGUAAUGUA